AUGAUGUUGUCUCGUCGUGCGUGCUACAAGUGUGGCAACAUUGGCCACUAUGCUGAGGUCUGCUCUUCCUCGGAGCGUCUCUGCUACAACUGCAAGCAGCCUGGCCACGAGUCUAGCGCUUGCCCUCGGCCCCGUACCACCGAGACUAAGCAGUGCUACAACUGCCAGGGCCUCGGUCACGUCCAGGCUGACUGCCCUACCCUUCGCCUGAACGGUGGUGCCAACGGCCGCUGCUACAACUGCAACCAGCCCGGCCACCUUGCCCGCAACUGCACCAAUCCCGCCGCUCCCGGCGCUGGCCGUCCUACUGGCCCCCGUGGUGGUUUCCAGGGUGGUUUCCGCGGUGGCUUCCAGGGCUAUCCUCGCGCCGCGACCUGCUACAAGUGCGGUGGCCCCAACCACUUCGCCCGUGACUGCCAGGCUCAGGCCAUGAAGUGCUACGCCUGCGGCAAGCUCGGCCAUAUCUCCCGUGACUGCACUGCCCCCAACGGCGGCCCCCUCAGCUCCGCCGGCAAGGUCUGCUACAAGUGUGCCCAGGCUGGCCACAUCUCUCGCGACUGCCCGACUAACGCCGAGGCUGCCUCUGCCCCUGUCUCCGCUGUUGAUGCUGCCGUUGCUGCCGCCCCCUCUGCCCCGGCUGCCGCUGUUGCUGCUGAGCCUAGCACCGAGGCUGCUCCCGUUGCGACUGCGGCUCCUACUACCGCCGUCGCAUAA